AUGGCAGCAACUGUAAAACGAUUCCUAGGAUACGGGCAAGAGAGGCAGGAUGCUUCCACAACAAAACGUGGUCUGCCAGCCUCAUGGUAUCGCAGCCCGGAGAUGUAUGAACUCGAACGACGUGCUAUUUUCUCUAAGAAAUGGAUAUUGGUGACCCAUAGGAGCCGAUUUGAAAAUCCUGGAGACUACCUACGCAUUACAGAAGCUGGCUUUUCUUUCUUUCUUUCACUGGGAAAGGACGACGUUCUAAGAGGAUUCCACAACAUUUGCCGGCAUCGAGGUUUUCCGUUACUUCAUAACGAUGAAGGGAAUGCUAAAAUACUCGCUUGCAAAUAUCAUGGGUGGUCGUAUGGUAUCAAUGGAAAGCUCGCUAAGGCACCCCACUUUGAGGAUUUUUCCGACUUUGACAAAGACAAGACUAGUCUUUUACCUAUUCACGUUCACAUUGAUCAACUCGAGUUUGUGUGGGUGAAUCUCGAGGCUACUGAGGUGCCCACAACAUCCUGGGAUGAACAACUAGAUGGAGUUGAUCGGCAGAAACGAUUUGAAGGGUUUAACUUUUCUCAAUAUCGAUUCGACCAUACUUGGGGGAUGCAAGGGGAGUAUAAUUGGAAGGUCUUGGCCGACAAUUAUAACGAAUGCCUGCAUUGCCGUACCGCUCAUCCAGACACUGCUGGAUUAGUCGAGAUAGACGCGUACCGCGUUGAGGGCAAGGCUGGUAACCUACAGCAUUACAAUAGGCGUCAAGAAGAUGGCAUAAUAGACUUCAAGCUGGCAAGUACUUACUACUUUCCCAAUGCUUGCAUGACGGUCACCCCAGAUUUCUUUUAUAUGAUGAGGUGUGUUCCAAUAUCUUCUACGGAGUCCUCUAUGGAGUACGAGGUGUACCGAAAGAUUGAUGGCGAUCCAGUUGAAUUUGACAAGGUGGAUCGACUUUUCAAACGAGUUCUUGCCGAGGACAAAUGGCUUUGCAACGAGACUCAAAAAAACCUAGCGGCUGGCGUGUAUGUCAACGGCCCUCUGCAUCCAGCUUACGAAUUUGGGCCCUUGUAUUUCCAAUCAAUUGUGAAGAGGGCUGUUCUAGAGCAUCACAAGGAAGAAGAGAAACAAAAAUCUCUUAUAUGGCCUGCGUCUCCAACCGUGGGAUCAUCCGCAGACGAAGAUGAGGCCUUCUGUGCUGGAUUGAGCUGUGGUUCAGAAUCAAAUUCACUUGCAUGGUGA